AUGCCUCACACCACGAAGCAAUGGAUCCUGGCCAACAAGCCCACAGGUGCCCCCGUCCUCUCCGGCGACAACGCAACCUUUAAGCUGCAGACUGUCGAGCUGCCGGCCAUCAAGGAGGGCCAGCUGCUGUGCAAGGUCAUCUACUUCUCCAACGACACGGGCCUGCGCAACUUCAUCCAGACCACCGUCGCCCCCGAGCGCAUGUACGUGCCCACCGUCGAGCUGGGCAUGGCCAUGCGGUCCGGCGUCGUCGCCGAGGUCAUCGAGUCGGCGUCCCCCAACUUCAAGGCUGGCGACCUCGUCAUGGACUUCCACCUGGGCAUCUGGAGCGAGUUCCUCGUCCUCGAGGCCGCCACCUCGCAGCCCAUCAGCCCCUUGCCCGCCGACCUCUCCCUCACACACUACCUGGGUGCCUUUGGUGCCUCCGGCCUCGCCGCCUACACCGGUCUCUAUUAUGCCGGUGAGGCCAAGCCCGAGCACACGAUUGUCAUCUCGGCCGCUGCCGGCGCCACUGGCAGCAUGGCCGUCCAGAUCGCCGUCAAGCUGCUGGGCGCCAAGCGCGUCAUCGGCAUCGCCGGCUCCGACGAGAAAUGCGCGUGGGUCAAGAACGAGCUGGGCGCCCACGAGUGCCUCAACUACCACAGCCCAACUUUUGCCGCGGACCUCAAGGCCGCGACGCCCGACGAGGUCGACGUCUACUUUGACAACACGGGCGGCGAGAUCCUGGACCUGAUGCUGACCCGCGUCAAGCGCCACGGCACCAUUGCCGUCUGCGGCGCCGUCAGCACGUACAACUCGGACGAGCCCAUGGCGCUCAGGAACUGGUUCGAGCUCAUCUCGGGCCGCAUCACCAUCUGCGGCUUCAUCAUGCUCGACUACAUGGACAAGGUCCCCGCCAUCCUCGGCGAGCUCAUUGGCGCGGCCGCCCAGGGCAAGAUUGUCCUCGGCAAGGGCGAGACCGUAGUCGAGGCCAGGAUAGAUGACCAGCCUGAGGUCUGGAUGCGUCUCUUUAGCGGCCAGAACCAGGGCAAGCUAGUCACAAAGCUGCUGAUCUAG